CCGUCAGCUUAGGUUGAGGCGCCCUGCGUGUGUCUAUAACUUUGUGCAGCCGCCGCGGCGGCCCUGCGCGUGCAAGGGAAGAGGAGGAAUGUGGAGGAGGGCGGCGGCGGCGCGCAGGCGGGCCGGCGGUUCCUCGGGCGGGCUUCGGCGGCGGCCGGAGCGCCUCUCCUCCUCCUUCGCCGCGCCCCGGGCCCGCGCGGGAGUGCGCGUCCUCUCCUCCCCUCGCCCCUGAAGGGAAGGAACCGAGGUAGGCGCCGGAGCAGCGGCGGCGGCAGUAGCGGCGGCGGCGCCCGGGAGUCCGAGCCUUCGCAGCGGCCCCGUCCCUCUCCCGUCGCACCCCGCCCGGGCCGAGAAGGGAGCGCGAGAGCCCGAGCCGCGGGGCGGGCGGGCGGGCGGGCGGCGAAGAUGGCAGAGGCGCUGGCCUCCCCGGCCCCGCUCUCUCCGCUCCAAGUGGAGCUGGACCCGGAGUUCGAGCCGCAGAGCCGGCCGCGCUCCUGUACGUGGCCCCUGCAGAGGCCGGAGCUCCAGGGCAGCCCGGCCAAGCCCUCGGGGGAGGCGGUCGCGGAUGCCAUGAUCCCCGAGGAGGACGACGAUGAAGACGACGAGGACGGCGGCAGGGCCGGCUCGGCCAUGGCGAUCGGCGGCGGCGGCGGCGGCGGCGCGCUGGGGGCCGGGAUGCUCCUGGAGGACCCGGCCCGGCUGCUGGCGCCCGGAGGGCAGGACCCGGGCUCCGGGCCGGCCCCCGCGGCGGGCGCGCUGGGCGGAGGGACGCAGUCGCCGCUGCAGCCCCAGCAGCCGCUGCCGCCGCCGCAGCCCGGGGCGGCGGGGGGCUCCGGGCAGCAGCCGCGGAAAUGCUCGUCGCGGCGGAACGCCUGGGGGAACCUGUCCUACGCCGACCUGAUCACCCGCGCCAUCCAGAGCUCCCCGGACCAGCGGCUCACGCUGUCCCAGAUCUACGAGUGGAUGGUGCGCUGCGUGCCCUACUUCAACGACAAAGGCGACAGCAACAGCUCCGCGGGCUGGAAGAAUUCGAUCCGACACAACCUCUCGCUCCACAGCCGGUUCAUGCGGGUCCAGAACGAGGGGACGGGCAAGAGCUCUUGGUGGAUCAUCAACCCCGAUGGGGGCAAGAGCGGGAAGGCGCCCCGCCGGCGAGCCGUCUCCAUGGACAACAGCAACAAGUACACCAAGAGCCGCAGCCGCGCGGCCAAGAAGAAGGCGGCCCUGCAGACGGCUCCCGAGCCGGCCGACGACAGCCCCUCCCAGCUCGCCAAGUGGCCCGGCAGCCCCACCUCGCGCAGCAGCGACGAGCUGGACGCGUGGACGGAUUUCCGCUCUCGCACCAACUCCAACGCCAGCACCGUCAGCGGCCGCCUGUCGCCCAUCCUGGCGAGCACCGAGCUGGACGAAGUCCAGGACGACGACGCGCCCCUCUCCCCGAUGCUCUACAGCAGCUCGGCCAGCCUCUCGCCCUCCGUGAGCAAGCCGUGCACCGUGGAGCUGCCCCGGCUGACCGACAUGGCAGGCACCAUGAAUCUGAACGACGGGCUGGCCGACAACCUCAUGGACGACCUGCUGGACAACAUCCCGCUCCCGCCGUCCCAGCCGUCCCCCACCGCGGCGGGGCUCAUGCAGAGGAGCUCCAGCUUCCCGUACACCGCCAAGGGCUCCGGCCUGGGCUCUCCGACCGGCUCCUUCAACAGCACCGUGUUCGGGCCCUCGUCUCUGAACUCCCUGCGCCAGUCUCCCAUGCAGACCAUCCAGGAGAACAAGCCAGCCACCUUCUCUUCCAUGUCGCACUACGGCACCCAGACACUCCAGGACCUGCUCACUUCAGACUCGCUCAGCCACAGCGACGUCAUGAUGACCCAGUCGGACCCCUUGAUGUCUCAGGCCAGCACCGCUGUGUCCGCCCAGAACUCCCGCCGGAACGUGAUGCUGCGCAACGACCCGAUGAUGUCCUUCGCGGCCCAGCCCAACCAGGGGAGUUUGGUCAACCAGAACUUGCUCCACCACCAGCACCAGACCCAGGGCGCGCUCAGCGGCAGCCGUGCCUUGUCGAAUUCUGUCAGCACCAUGGGCUUGAGCGAUUCCGGCAGCCUCGGGUCGGCCAAACACCAGCAGCAGUCUCUCGUCAGCCAGUCUAUGCAAACCCUCUCGGACUCUCUCUCAGGCUCCUCUCUGUACUCGACGAGUGCGAACCUUUCCGUCAUGGGCCACGAGAAGUUCCCCAGCGACCUGGACCUGGACAUGUUCAACGGGAGCUUGGAGUGUGACAUGGAGUCCAUUAUCCGUACUGACCUCAUGGAUGCCGAUGGGCUGGAUUUUAACUUUGAUUCCCUCAUCUCCACACAGAACGUUGUUGGUUUGAACGUGGGGAACUUCACUGGUGCUAAGCAGGCCUCAUCUCAGAGCUGGGUGCCAGGCUGAAGGAUCACUGAGGACAGGGGAAGUGGGCAAAGCAGACCCUCAAACUGACACAAGACCUACAGAGAAAACCCUUUGCCAAAUCUGCUCUCAGCAAUGGACAGUGACACCGUUUACAGCUUACCCCUUUGUGAGCCCCACGCCAUCCUCCCGGCCCAGCAGAGACUGUUAAUGCCCCCCCCCCCCCCCCUGGAUGAAGCACUCACCCUGGAACAGAACUCUCUCCACAAAGUAUGCACAUCUUCCUCGUACCUGACGAUGCGCCGCCCGCCUGCCCGCGCAGGACAGCCCCCGCCAGCACCGCCCGCCUCGGCCAGAGCGCACCAGGGCCCCCGGGGGCGAUUCUGUGGUGUUCUCCUAUCACGAUGGUGUAUGGGAUGUUUUUAAGUGUUGUUGUGUGUUUGUUUUCCUUUGGCUUUCUGAGUUUUCUCACUUGCAUUAACUUGCGGUAUUUUUUUCUGUUAAAAUGUUAACCAUUCUUCCCUAGGCAAAUGUAAAAAACAGAAGGGAAAAACGUACCACCCGUUCCCAUUCUGGCUUUGGGCAGCAGGAGCGGCUGCGCCCUGGAACUCCAUAAACGAACAGAUUACAUAAGCGCGAGGGGGAUGUUCUUUCUUCUUUUGUCUGGUAGAAAAGGAUCCUUUUCUAAAAACCGAACAAUGGCACAACUGUUCGCUGCGCGCACCCAUCCAGGACCGAGCCCUGCGGAGGGAAAGCCAACAGACCAGGCCACCAGCCCCGUGUGCUUCGGUUCCGAGUCAGGGCAGUCGGGGGACGCGACCCCAGCACCUGGGCUGCAGGGGCCACGUCAGGGUUUGUGGUCCCCUGUCAGUAUCGUGACCUAAUGCAGUGAACAAUGAUGUUGGUUAGGAAAUAGGUUUUUUUCAAGAAAGACAUCAGCUCGGCUGUCCACUAAUUGCCAAAUGCCAUGAAAGGAUUUAGUUAUAAGGAGAAAAGAAAAGAAAAAAAAAAGGAGUCCUGUUUUGCUUUGCAGAAGAAAUGAACUCGCAGGGGAGCAUCAAGCCGACAGAGAGACAUGGGUGAACAGUCCAAACCCGAGUCAGGAGAGACCUAGCACACACCCUCGAUAAUCUCCAGCCUUGUACUGUGUCAUCUGAUCUACUAGAUGUGUGUGAGUGAGAGGCAAUAGCAUACAAACUGGGUUUUUUCCCCCCUCUAUAUUAUUCCUAGAUGGUAAUUGUCCAAGUGACACAAUGGAUGUACAAGGUAGGGCAGUUUUGACUUAACCCCCCCCCCCCCCCCCACUUUCCUGCUUCUAUGGAUUUCAUUGCGUUUUGUUUUCAAAAAAGUUACGGUGCUGUAUAGGUGCUUUCUGUUUAACCAGGAACGUGUGACUAUACUGCUUAACCUUCUUUGGUAGACACAGACUAGUUUGGGAACACCUUUGGUACACAAGAAACUGGUGUAACGCUCUGAUUUAGCACAGCACAUGCAUACUUCUCCAAAGUGAUAUAAGAAGACUCUUUUCUUUGCAUAAAAUGCACUAGGCAUAUAAGUGUAUAAAUACAUUUUAUCAUGUACAGUACGGAAAUGGAGCAUUCUGCAUGGACGUUAGGAAUACAGGCUAGUAUUUCAGCACAGACCUCCCCGCAUGCGUUCUCGCCGACGCUCACACCGUGCAGUGGGCACCGACUCCCCUCCACCCACACAGACGUGCCGCCCGACCCCCUGCACCCACCACCGGCUGCCAGGCGGUGGGUGCAGGGGCUGCACCUUCGCUCUGUAGUUCCUCUGGGGGUGAUGGUGGUGGCGAUAACGGCUCCUCGCGGAAUGGAAGUUCCAUUUGGUAUUGUCACGCGUCUCUCCCACCUCGCUUGGGUUGUCGUCACGUUUGAACAAUGGUCCUGUUGGUUUCGCCUUGCCUUUUACUGGAUCUGUACAUGGUAGUGCCGUUGUGGUUAUAGCAGACCGGUAGCCAUAUCGCUUUUUCUAAACUGCUACACGUUUAUAAUCUUCAUUUUAAAAGUAUGUAUAAUUUUUAGAAAAUGUAUUCUGUUCACAUGGUCUGCCUGUCAGUGAGGCAGACUUCUGCUUACUAUAUUCCUUCAUAGAACGCUAGCCGCUUCCUUGGUUCUUUGGUCGUCUGCUGUGCACAAGAACUGUCCGGAGUCAGCGAGAGAGGGCUGCCUCCCUGGGUCCCAGGCAGCACUGCGGAGUGUAGCUCAGAGACAGUGGCAGCAGCCUGUGGAGGGAGGCAUGGAGGGGUGUUGUAUACAAGGGAGAAUCCAAAGUGCUUCCAACACGAGAGCCCUGAGAAUCUCUCCUCUGAGUUCAGAGAAACAAGCAAACUAACCAAACAGCUAUUUGCCUUUGCAGUUUUACAAACCCUGGGAGCUACAUUGGGAGCAAGCAAGGCAACCCUCAAAUGCGUUGUGACUUUAAAUGUUGCAUUCUUUUCAGACAUGUGACAUCUCCUUUAUUCUCUUGUCCCCCAAUUUUGUUGGGUUUCAGGCAGAAUGUCUCCCAGAGCACCCCAGAAUGAGAUUAUAAUUUAAACCAGAUGGGGGAGGGACAGAGCGGGCCGAGAGCAGGGCAGCCGCAGAGCAGAGCAGGAAAACGGAGGGGAAGGGGUGCCUGGAUUAUUUUUGUUGUUGUUACCGCAUCUACAUGUAGAGAGUUGUGGAGAGCUGUCAGGGUAAAGUCAAGUGCCAGCAUCAGUCCCAGGAGAAGGUCAGAUGGGAUAAUUAGGCCCACCCAAGAUCCCAGCAGCCCACCCAUCCGGAGGCCAGCCUCCCCCAGGCCAGCAGGUGCUAACGUGGUCAGACUGGGCAGAGGUCCACACCAGCCCUCUGUCUCUCACCGAUACAUCCAGACCUGCUUUCAGGAAGGACCACCUGUUGGCCACCAUGUGGGGUUCUGAGUGCUGUGGGCCCCUCACCUCGGAGCACCUCAGAGGAACGCUCAGUGGCCUCCAGGGCCGGCUGCUGUCAUGGCUGCAUCCUGGUGAGAACGCUGAGGCUACCCUCGGCCUCCAAAUCAGCUGCUCCGGGAGGCCUUCCCCUUCCUGAUGGGAAAGUAGAAGAGUGACUGAUGUAGAAAGCAUGACGUGUCCUGUGGCUCUGCUGUUCUCCUCAGGACUCCAGAGCCUUUUACCAAAGCCGGAGAAGAGCUUUCUCACAAGCUUUCACCGCCCCGGAGUGGGGACCGAGUGCCGGUGCCGGGUGCCCCGCCAACUGUGAAUGUUUCCCCUCGCACAUCCUCUGCCGUGAUUGCUAAAGCACACUUCCUGCCCGCGGGAGUGUUGUGCAGGCACGUGUGGCACGAGGAGGACUUUGUGCGUGUGGUGUUGAGUUUUGACAUUACAUAUGUGUCACUUCCCCUCCCUGAGCUCACUGCCCAGGACAGACAAUGCCCAGUCUCAGGUAUCCUUUCAGGAGGCUUCCAAACCUGGCCACGAGGGUAGGCACAGACUUCACCACCUCGUGAACCCCUCCCCACGUAAAGAAGGAGGAACAUUCGGAUCUUAGGAUUGUCAGAAGAAACGCGGUCACAUAGCCAGCUCUGUUUCCAGCAUGGAUGCCAAGGCCGGGGAGGGAAACUAAAAAGGUUGCCCUUUCUCUCCGAAUGCAGAACAAAACCCUGGCAGCUCUGACCUCUGGUUUCCCAUUUCCUGCUGUAUUUGAGGAACAUGGUAUGAUUAGGCAUUGUGGUGUUUUUUAUUAUUAUUAUUAAGAGAAGCAAUUAAAAAAAAAAAAUGCAAUCACUGGCGAAGAGGUACGAAAAAGCCAGCCUCUCGUGGUGGCAGGCAAAGCGAAGGCCUUGUGAGGUCGUGCCUGUCCAGUGAGGUCUGAGAGCAGAUGCCCAGGGAAUUGAAGAAUCUAUUAUUUUUUAUCUAAAUCUUUAGUGGGUAACGUUUUAUGCAGUUGUAAUGAAUGAAGAACUUUUCCUCUUGUCUAAUUUUGUAUGUAUUUUUCCUUUGGGGAAUGGUAGGUGACAAAGCCUCUGCCACACUCCAGAAGUACACGUGCGGCUGCUUUUAAAAAUCGUGUGUCUGGUCACCGAUUUCUCCAAAAGUAUCUCAUUGCCUGGCAAUCAGUCUUCUCUGGUGUACUUGUCCUAGCACAUGACGUACACGCGAGAUGUAAACAGGUGUGAAGGAGGACCAGAAAAUUUAGUUAAUAUUUUUUAAAAAUGUAUUGUGCGUUUUUUGGCUUCACAUGUUGAACUUUUUUUAAGAAAAAAAAAAAAAGUUGCAUGAAUGGGAAAAAAAACACCUGUAUACAGUAUCUGUAAAACUGUCUUAUCUGUUCCAAUUUCUUGCUCAUACCACAUACAACUAGACUUCACUAUGGCCUGUGGCCACGUUCAAAACCCAGAGAGGCAUGCAGUCAGUACUUCGGUUUGAAGCGCCUCGUCCUCUCUUCCAAAGCAAGCACUAUGCCGCUGCAUCUUACUGAGGAUUUUGUCUAGCCAUAUGUUGCCGUGAAUUAAUAACUCUGCCAUCUUUCUUUUCAAGAAUCAGAGCCAGUUUGAUUUGGGAACCUGCCCCUUUCCAAAUGAAAUAGAGACACAGUCCUUGCUUUCCUUGGCAUUUGUACAUAUUCCCUUGUGUGUUCCAUUUAAAACCAUAAUCUAGUUUGUAAAGGAGAUGUUGACGCAUGUAAAUAAAGCAUCGAUGACACUUUA